AUGCUGGUGACUGAGUCUACUCUGGGAAUUGGCCUGGGACUGGUUAAACACUUCCUGGGGAAGCUAAAGCCACUGGAAUGGAUCUUUAUGGCCUGCCGGGACCCAGAAGGUGCAGGAGCGGAGGAAAUUAAGAAUCUUGCUGCAAAACAUCCAAACCUUGUGCUGGUGCCGCUGGAAGCUACAGACCCCACGAGCAUCCAGGCCACUGCAAAGAAAGCUGAGGCCCAUCUGGGAGGAUCUGGCCUGAAUCUGCUGAUAAAUAAUGCUGGUGUUAUGCCAGAGAGCACCCUGGAGUCAGCGACGGCUGCAGAUAUGUUGGCCGUGUAUAAAAUCAACCUUGUGGGACCAAUGUUGGUGAUCCAAGUAAGAGUCUGCCUGACACAGGGCUUCAGCUGAGAAUUUGUAGCCUCUACUUUGGUUUCCAGGGAAGAAAAACAGCUGAUGUGAUCUAGAACUUCACUCAUCUCUGUUCUAAGUCAAAGGGACCCAAUCUUGCCUUAGUUACACCUGUGCCACCCC